AUGCUGCCAUUGAAGCUGGUUCGCUCACUGGUUCUUUCUGAUACCAACCCUCUUCUUCUUCCCCAAAAUCAGGUUUUCUUUAAUCACAAUAAUCACCAUGAAGAUGUUGAUGAUACUAAUUUCAAUAGCAGUAAUAUCCCCAAAUCAAGAACCAAAAUCCCACUAAUGCUUUUCAAUCCCACCCAAGAAUUGGUAAAAGACACAUACAGAUUAGCCAAACUUGCCAGAGAAAUUGGCAUGGAUCUUCACCCAAACCCAUCUCUCUCACACAUCAUCUUCUCAUGGCCAUCGUGUUCAUGGUCAUUGGGAAACGACGCCGCUCCAUUGCCAUUCCCAUCUCUGACCACAGCGUCCAUGUCCCACUUGCGCCUCUUUGUCAAUCUGUCCAGAGGCUUCUUCAAGCUGGUUUUCUUGAAAAAUAAUCACAGCCCACUUGAAAAAAUCGAGUCUUUGAACAAUAACAACUGGGAUUGCACCUCAAGUUGUUUGUUUUCAAGAAUCGCUGGCGAGAGAAUACACUCAAUGGAUGGGUUUUCUAAGGCUCUGCUUGGAAUGGGAUGGACCCUUUUCAAGACUAAUACUAAUAACCAAUCUUUUAAAGAUUCUGUUGAUAGGCUGGUGUACUUGUAUAGAAAGUUGGGUACCAAUAAAAUGUGUAACACUAUAGAUCUUCCCAAUGGAAAUGGAAAUGUUGGAAAGUGUUGUAGGGUUAGGGAAUUAAGGUUGCCUCCAUUGGAUUUCAGGAGCCUGCCUUUGAGGAUUUUGCAGUACAUUCUUCUGAUGGCUGGUGAUGUUUUUUAUCUUGCCUAG